AUGGAGGGCCCCAAGCAUUACCCCGACAGCGUGUAUUGCGCCCGCAUGAACAAGCUUCAGAGCCUCUUCGACCGCUCGAUGGCGAUUAUGGCGGCGUUGCUGCCAAUCGCCCUGGAAAGCGGGAAGGUUUCUCCCGAAUUGGCUUCGCAGCUGCGAGCGCUGGACCCAGAAGAGCUGUUCCGCAUGUGGCGGGUGCUGCGGGCCCACGUGCAGCAGCGCCAGGAGCAGCAGAUGGGCGCGCUGCAGCAGCGGCAGCAGGAGCAGCAGCGGCAGCUGGCGGAGCUGCUGCGGCAGCAGCGGGCGCUCGAGGCCCGCGAGACGGCGGUCGACCAGCAGGCGGAGCAGCAGCAGCAGCAGCAGCAGCAGCAGCAGCAGCAGCAGCAGCAGCAGCAGCAGCAGCAGCAGCAGCAGCAGCAGCAGCCGCCCGCUCCUGAGUCAUGUGUCAACCAGGCCGCUAGAAGUGACCCAUAUCGAGCGGGUACGGAGAAGGAGCAGGAGGAAUGUGGCAGCGUCGCCGCGGUGGAAGCUGACGCGAUGCCCGGUGUGCAGGCGGGCGCCGCGGCGCGGGCUGGAGAGCGCGUGCAUGGGCGGCGGCCUGGGCUGCAGCCGCUGCCGGCAAUUGUUGGGCAGCGGGGACAGACCCGCUGCCCACAGGCGCCGCAGCUGCCUGAGCCGGCGGCGGCGCCGCUCAAGCCGCCGGCGGGUGGACGAGAGGCAGAAGGGAUUGCGGCGAUGGAUUCAUGGCAGUGCGAACAAAGCCACGCGUCGUGGCAGCAGCUGGAGCUGCAGCAGGAGGUGGAGCAAAAGCAGCAGGAGGAGCAGCAGCAGCAGCAGCAGCAGCAGCAGCAGCAGCAGCAGCAGCAGCAGCAGCAGCAGCAGCAGCAGCGCAGGGAUGAUCUGGAAACGCGCGCAAUGCCGCCGCCCCGGGCCUUGUUGCGACUGCGCGGCCGGGCGCCCGGCGCCACGCAGCCGCUAGCGGCGGGCUCGCCCUUGGCAUGCGGCGAGGCCCCGGUUUUUGGCAGCUUAAGCGGCGGGGGCGGCGGUGGUGGCGGGAGCAGCGGCGGCGCGCGCAAAAGACCGAGGGAAGGCGGCCUGGAAAGGGCGCCGCCCUUCGACGACCUCCUGCCACUGCCGCCCCCGCUGCUGCUGACAACGCCGCCGACGGGGGAUGCAUUCCUGGAUUUGCGGCCGCCCGCGCCAGCCGUCGCGGGGGCGCGUGCGGGCGGCGGCCCCGGCGGCGGCCGCGACGGCGGUAGGGGCGGCGGCGGCGACGGCGCUGACGUGGCGCGCCUGCUGUCAACGUCGGCGUCGGCUCCGAGGCAGCAGGUGCCCAUGGCGCUGGCCGCGCUCGCCGCUGCAGUGGCGCGCCUGCCCUGA